AUGACGGAUGUGGCUAGUCCGGUUGCUACGUCUUCAUCUCAGCAGCAGCAGCACAACAGUCCCAACAAAAAUCUGACCCCAACCGGUGGUAUUAAUGGCCCGCGGACCGUUUCCUUCAAUCAGGACGUGCAUGUCAAAAGAAUUGGAUCUCGUUCGGAGCCACGAACUUUUCCAACCAAUUCAAACGUUCGCAAGGAACCACCGAAUCUCUCUGCUGAGGCCCUCCGCAGGGAGGCUGAGUUCGUGCUCGCCCAAGCGGAUCGUAUCGAUCGAGAUCGAUCUCGAAGUAACGGUACUGCGGGAAAACACGGCCGAUUUAAUUCACUUCCUUCACGGAAGUCACGCGGAAAAGUUACUUUGACGCGUAGCUCGAGUGACGCUUCGUCGAAAAAACCUCAGAAAAACCUCUUCAGUCUGUUUAACGGCAAAAGUAAAGCAGACACUGCCGAGGUAAAACCACGUGUGACCGUAACCCGAAGCAAGAGUGAUGUUGGACAAACACGUCCGGUAAAGUUUCGUAGAUCGCCUCGACGAAACACACAGGAGUUGAAGCAUGAUCCACUAACACCGAUCAUUGAAGCUUCCCCCGUGGAAUACACGAACAGUGUUGAUCCUCUGACGGCAUUGAACCGCCAGAAUACGAGCAUCAGUAAGACAGAACCUACCAUUGGUCCAAUCCGACAACCGUCGAAGCCCGUAAUGGAAACGAUUGCUCUGCUGCGCCAAAACUCCAAAUCCCAGGAAAGAUUGCACAGUUCCCAGUUACCACCGGAGAAACCGAGCCUCACCAAAGGAGUUACCGUAGAGAAUAUCGUCAAGCGGUUAUCCAGUGAACGACAUACCUCUCCACCUCCACCGCAAAUAGUCCGCGACGGCUUCUCCUACAUUCGGCCAGGUGAGCCCAUCGUUUACGCUCAGGUUGUUUGCAGUAACGAGGGCAAGGAUAAACACACCGUCCGUAGCCAGUAUCUAGCCAAUACCGUUAGUGACGAAAACACCAGGAAAUCUAGUCCGUGCGAUCACGAGGAAAUCAUAAUGCCCACCAAGGAUUACCUCACCAUGAAGCGUCCGAGUCCGCCGCUGCCGAAAUAUACCUUAGACGAGACAGACAACUUCCCUCGUACCAAAUUUCAGCCGUACAUCAACAGUGACGAAGAUGAAGGGCUCGGAAUCGACUACAGUAAACGCUUUUCGACCACAUAUUUCAAAGCCACGACUACCGACUCGAUCACCAAUUCAGACGAGGACCACAUCACACCAACCGUCAAGUACACGGCUCCCGAUCGUCCCUAUUACAGCCACAGCUACAGCGCCACCUAUCGAGGACAGGCAGAUGGGAAAGAGUAUUUGCCAGAAUUUCACGAACUCAGCCAGCGAAGAGAAAUUCUGGAAUCGAGAAUUCGCAACAGGAUCGGAUCCAGGGAGCUACUAAAUACGCGAUCUCCCGAGCGAACAUUCGCUGCAGACCCCGCCGCUUCCCGAUAUGAGAGUUACCAUAGCACUGCGCUGCGAAGAAGCGUCGAUCGAGUGGCCAGCGAUUCACCGGUGCGAAGACGAACCGUUUCUCCUACACCAGUUCCAGUCGAAGAAGAUCUAAUCGAGCGAAAGAACGCCAAGAAUGGGUACGUGGAAUCUUUCGUAACCAAGACGGUAAUCAACCGGGAUGGGAAGCCGUUCACCGAGGAGUACGUCGAGCGGUUUAAAUAUCCCGCCCAAAAUGUGGAGGAUGUGCGCACGACGAGAACCACCUUCGAUCGGGAGGGUUCCGUGGAGCGAAAAGAAGUGCAGAACUUUACCCGCCAUCUGCAUGACAGUGGAUACGGCAGACAGUUGAUGGAUAAAGGUGACUCAGGAAUUGAGAACGAUUUCCGGAAGGAUUCUUUCAACAGUGAGUUUGUGAUCGGAAGGAAGUACACGUUGAAUCAGAAUAUUUUGGCAUGUGAAAGUUUCCUCAGAAAUGAGCGCGUACACACGAACAACUGCAUUCGGAAACCUAGGAAGACUUAUUCAUACCGAGAGCGUAGCAUAGAUGAUGGCAGCCGCUUUGAUCCACGGUUAGAUGACUACUUGGUGGAUCCACCGAAGGUUUUGAAGUCAUCGUUGAAACAGGAGAAGAAAUCUGGAGGUCUAGCGAAGGUAAAGGAAUUUAUGAGUUCAACCAAGAAGAAACUAAUGGGUGACUCAGAAAAGAAAUCCUCUCGGCAGAGCAGCAUGCGUAGCAACGAGAUUCGAUACGAGGAUCACUCGAGGGUUCCCGAUAUCGCCAACCGCCGCCGACUGUCGACGCCCAAGUCAAGCCCGUCGACGACGAAACGAUCCCUUUCCUUCAAGGGAACCAAAAGUAGCGAAGCAACCAAAUCAACCCGAUCGGAUUGGUUUAAAUCGUUCGAUAGACUGUCCAGAAAGAAGUCAGAAUCCAAGUCGCAACUCGGCAGUGAGUCAAAGUCUACCAGUGGAGUAAAGCAACAGAAAAGUCUUCGAUUCUUCGGGGACACCGACAGUGAAUACGUUGACAGUGUGCCACGCAAAGCUAAUCGCUCUAAGUCUUCACUUUCGAAGGACAAACGUUAUCAAAGUGCUUACGAUUUGGAAGCGACACCAAAAAUUCGAGAGAAUCGAAAUCGAUCAACGUCGAUGCUAAAUUUGGACGAAGGCGACCGUCGAGCUGAUUAUAAGCGAAAAGAUCUCUACGACAUUUCCGAGCAUUCGACGAGCUACCGGAUGCGAUCUCCGUCCCCGUCCUAUCCACCGAAGAGACAUCACGGUAGUCCGGAUCGGUCAACCGGUCGCAAGAGUUACAGUCGCUCGCGUGAGACAAGUGUUGAUCAUCGGGAUCACCGAUCCAGCCGUAGUCGCAACGAACAGCACGGAAACAAACCACCGGCAGGACCGACCAAACCGGCGAGGUCGUUUGAAAGAAGAGGGAGUUUGACCAGGGAGUUCGAUCGCGUUCAUGACAGUUCUGGCACCGAGGGUGAAUCUAGUCAACAAAGCCAGCGCAGUGUCGUCUUUCUGCACGCGACAACAGUUGGUGACAUUCCACAUCCUCACAUCGCAAACGCUCACCGAAUGGCUUACUCCCGCGAGUCGCUCAACAGUUCGAAGAAGGUCCAGCCGAUGUCACGAACCGUGUCUCGCUCCAUCUCGGUGCUGGCACCGUGGAAACCGAAGCACAUCCGCGAAGGCUACGAAAUCAACUACCACAACGAGCACCAACAGCAGCCGGCUGCGAAACCGAUCUCAACGCUACCGCGACCGCUGAAGAACCGCUCGCAGAGCCAAUCCACGCUGAACCGAAGCAAGCAGAAAGGUCGCCGUAGUCACGCCGGAUCCAAGGAUGAUUUGGACUCGGACAAGAGUUCAUCGUUCGACAACUCACGGCUAUCCUACAGUGGUAAUGCUCGGUCGGCAAGCGGUACGGCAGGUCAUCAAACGCACUCGUUACCACGACGACCACGGGACGGAUCAAGCUCAACAGCGGCUCCGCACUCCGGUGGCUCGAGAACUAACAGCAUGCAGAAACAUCGACGAAUCUAACUACAACGCUCCGAGGCAGUCAGCCGGAAGUGGAGCGAAUAAUCCCAGGAAUAACUAUGUAACCAUGUUUAGAGACUUCAAUUGAUGAUUGUUCUAUUUAUUUUGUGCCUGCAACACGAUAAAAUUUAUGCGAUCCACGUCUGUAUAUCGAUCGUUCGAGAAGAUGUCACAUUGUGUUUAAGAUGAAACGGGAAAUUUUUAUAGACAGCUAACAACACUCAAAUUGUGCGAAGGAUUUUAAUAGCGAAACCAGUAAAUGCACUAAUCCGUAAUCACAACC